AUGGAUCCUUAAGAGCCUGUUUAUGAUGUCGUUGUGUUUGGAACUGGUUUAAUUGAGUGCAUUCUUAGUGGAUUACUAAGUAUGGAAGGUAAGAAAGUGUUUCACAUGGAUCGUAACUCUUAUUAUGGAGGAGAGAGUGCAUCACUAAAUUUAAUUAACUUUUGGAAAUUGUUUAAGCCUGGAUAAUAGUUCCCAGAAUAAUUAGGUAUGUAUCAGUGAUUACUUUGAAAAGGUUAGUAUAACAAUUGGAAUAUCGAUUUGAUUCCCAAGCUUUUUAUGGCAGAUGGGUAGCUAGUUAAGAUAUUGCUUAAGACCAAUGUGGCUCAUUAUUUGGAAUGGAAAGCUAUUGAUGGCACAUAUGUAUUCCAAAAGAAGGAACCAGGUUUUCUUAACAAGGGAGACGGCAAAAUCGAGAAAGUAAAUAUCAAUAUAAGAAAACAGGUUCCAGCAACAGCUUUAGAAGCCCUGCAAUCUGACUUGAUGAGUAUGUUCGAAAAGGCAAGAUGCUAGAAGUUCUUGUCCUAUAUUUCUAAUUACUAAGCAAGCAAUCCCUAGACUCAUGAAGGUAAAAUGUGAUUACGCUAAUAGGAUUGAAUCUCAACUAAAUUUCUUGUGCUCAAUUACUACAGAACUUUGAAUUAGAGCCAAAUACAAUUGAUUUCAUUGGCCAUGCUGUUGCAUUAUACUCAAAUGAUUCAUUCUUAGAUGAACCUGCUAUUUAAAUAGUUGAAAAGAUCAAGUUGUAUGUGGAUAGUAUUGGCAGAUUUGGAGAUAGCCCCUUUAUUUAUCCAAUUUACGGAUUGGGAUGUAUUGCAGAAGGAUUUUGUAGAAUGGCUGCUAUAAAUGGUGAUACAAUUAUGAUCAAUGCUGAUUUGGAUGAAUUGCUUUUUGAUGGGGAUGGAAAAGUACAAAAAUAUUUAAUUUAGGUUUGUGGAUUUAAAUCCUAGAAAGUGAAGGAAUUAAUGGGAUUAGAAUAAAUUAAAUGUAAGAUGAUAAUUGCUGAUCCAUCAUAUGCAUUAAAGGCAAAUAUACCAAAUAAAGUAAAAUCAAUUGGAAAGAUUGUUAGAUGCAUAUGCAUUCUCAAUCAUCCAAUUGCAAAUACAAAGAACAUACCAUCAGUUCAAAUUAUCAUUCCAUAAAGAUAAACAGGCAGAAAGAAUGGUAGAUAUAUUGUUUUUAAUUAGAUUAGAUAUAUAUGUUAUGAUGAUUAGCGAUGUUCAUCAAGUCUGUUAGAAAGGAUAUUUCAUUGCCAUUUUGAGUACUAAUGUGGAAACAAAUAAUCCAGAACAGGAAUUAGAACCAGCAUUUGAAAUUGUAGAACCAAUCUUGGAGAAAUUUAUCACUGUAUUAUAAUAAAAAAUUUUUAAGGUUUCUGAUGUUUAUGUUUCAACUGAUAAUGAAUCUCAGGAUAACAUCUUCAUUUCUAGUUCAUUUGAUCCAUAAUCUCAUUUUGAAGCUGAAACUUAAUAAGUGUUGAAUGCAUACAAAAAAAUAACAGGAAAAGAAUUAGAUUUGACCAAUUUAAAAGAUGAUUAAUGA